CGAAUCUAACCAUCUUCAGUUUUCAUCUUAUUCUUCACAAAGAUAACCAUGUCUGGUGUUUGGGUGUUCAAGAAUGGUGUGGUUAGACUCGUAGAGAACCCGGGUGGGGACUCCUUGCAAGGUUCGUCUCGUGGCAAGGUGCUGGUGCACCUGCCCACGAACCAAGUGGUCACCUCAUACCAAGCUCUUGAGCAAAUGUUGACAUCUAUUGGCUGGGAAAGGUACUAUGACGAUCCUAGCCUUCUUCAGUUUCAUAAACGAUCAACGAUUCACCUUAUAUCUCUCCCUAAGAACUUCAACAAGCUCAAGUCGAUGCACAUGUAUGAUAUCGUGGUCAAGACUCGCAAUGUCUUCGAAGUAAGGGAUUCGUAGUUACUAUUGCUCGUGGUUACAUAUGAUCAUGGGCUUGACCUUGCAUUUGGUUGGUUGCUUUGUUCAAUUCAUCUUUUGUUUGUGACAUGUGUGGUUUGGGGAUUUUUUUUGGAACUCUAGGUGAUUUAGAGAAUCGCUAAGUGUUUCUAGGCGUUUUUUAAAAACUACUUGCACAAAUAAGCAUUUCAAUUCGCUAUUAUGGGUAGCGAACUCAUGCAAAAGCACGCAAUAUAUUUUUAAGUUUGCUUGUCAGAUGAGCAAACUGCUUAUGCCUAGCUCAGAGAUUUCAUGCAGAUCAAGUGAGUUUGCUUGAGUUACUUGCCCCACCGCACAUUCCCUGAAUUUGCUUGCCACCCAGCAUACUCCAAUUCCAGUAUAUUAGCUUUUGCAUGGUAGCGAACCGACUAUUUGUGCAAGUACUUUCAAGAAAAAGCCAAGAAACACUUGGGCACCUCCGAAUAACCUAGAAAUCCAAAAAAAAAAAAAAAAAAGUUUAUUCAUGUAGUUUUGAGUUAAUUAGGGCUUGUUUGUAUUCCAAGCAUUUGUAUAUAAUAUCGUGGUGUUUUUAGAGUAUUAGAGUAUGUGUAUGUACUCCUUUUGUUCUUUGUGAUAUGAUAUAAUAUAUCAGUUAUAUUAAUGGCUUGA